UAGGCUUGUGCAGAUUGCGUGCACAAUGUAUGCCAGGUCCCAGCGGCGAUCUGUCAAGGUGCCCGUAUUUAUCUGCAAGGGGCUGGUCGCAUUUGUCGAUGCACAUGCUUACAGGCAUAGAGCGGCAACCGCAGGCAGGGUUACCAUGAGAGAGCCAAUCACAUCACAGCAAAUGAGAUCAGAUUAAAGCUAGAUCCGCUUCAAGGUGUACAUAUGGGUAGUCUUGCAAGCGACACAUCGGUUUCCCCACUCGCAGGCUCCCCACAUUACGUGCAUGAUCCCAACUUUACACGUUGCAAGAGCCAUACGAAAUGAUGGGAUCACAGCGUUUUGAUUGACAACCUCCAUCACAGAUUGUCACGCUCUGCCCCACCUCUGUGACUUAGCGGUGACCGCCGGGACAACCAAAAAUCAUCCGGAAACUCAACGGAAACCCUCACCGCCCAUCUCCUCCAUCUCCUCACCUACUCUACCAUCCGCAUAACAUAACUCACGGCUUCGCGCCUACGACCUUCCUUUUCCUUUCUCUUGCACCAACUCAAUUGUAUAACUGUACUGUUUAUGCUGCGAUGUCAGGUCCCGCACACAAGCACACUGGGUCUAUCUCUGUAACGCAGAACCAAAAGGCCCAACUCGCCAAUGCCUACAACGAGCUCGGGAAAGAGCUCUCUUCGAGUCGGAUUCGUGUGGUUGGGAAUUACACCUUGGGGAAGGUCAUUGGCGAAGGUGCCUACGGUAAAGUUCGCAUGGGCACGCACCGGCUGACGUCCACCCGCGUGGCCAUCAAGCAAAUCCCGAAGGAGGUCUCCGCGUCGCUCACGCGCGAGAUCCACCACCACCGGCAGCUGCAUCACACGCAUGUCAUCCAGAUGUACGAAGUCAUCGCGACGGAAUCGCACAUCUGGAUUGUGUCCGAGCUGUGUCUCGGCGGCGAGCUGUUUGACUAUCUCGUCGAGAAGGGCCGGCUCGCGGAGGACGAGACGAAGGUCAUCUUUGGCCAGCUAUGCCUCGCGGUGGCAUAUCUUCACGAUAAGGGCAUCGUGCACCGGGAUCUUAAGCUGGAGAAUGUGUUGUUGGAUGAGCGGUGUCGGGUCAAACUGGGUGACUUUGGGUUCACCAGGGAGUUUGAGAGGGGAGCUUAUAUGGAAACAUUUUGUGGGACGACUGGGUAUGCGUCACCCGAAAUGUUAGAGGGCCGAAAGUAUCUAGGACCAGAGGUGGACGUGUGGUCCUUGGGGGUCAUUCUCUAUGUUCUCUUAACAGGCACGCUCCCUUUUGACGAUGAUGACGAAGAUAUCAUGCGUAAGAAGAUCAUCGUUGGUGAAUUCGAAGAUCCUGAGUGGCUCUCUGAGGAUUCUCGAGAUCUGAUUAAGAACAUCCUCCAACGUGAUCCUGUGAAACGUCUUGCUAUUCCCCAGAUCUUGUCUCACCCAUGGUUCACUCGUGCGGUGGCGACCAGGACGGACACGGUCGAUUCGCAUCAAUCAUCGACCGCUUCUGUGUCGGAUGUUUCUGAUCCGAAUCCUUUCUUCUCGGAGGAGAAUUACUCGUCGACACCCACCACGCCGGACGAAAAGCCCGAAGACAAAGAGAAGACCACAUACAUACACCGCACAGCGAGCGAGCUGACGAUUCGAAAGACGGAUUUGGAGCUGCUUCACUCGAAGCUGGUGGCCAGUCUCUCGCCCACUGUUCAAGAAGAAGACGAAGUUUCGCCUCCUGCGAGACAGCCUUCGAGCAUGUCCUUGGGCCCACCGCCGGUGACGCGCACCCCAGCACGAACGAAACGGCGAUCGGUAUCAUCUGUGGUGUCGGAUCCGGAAGAACCUCCGGAAGAAACGCAGGUGUUGACUCCCGAUGUCCCAGCGGCUCCCAGUGAUCCGUCCCAGCCUCAGAUCAGUUUUGUGUCUAUGUUGGGCACUCCAGCCCCGAUGAUCUUUUCGACGCCCCUGGAGCGAGAGCUGUUGAAUUCGCUGAGUGUGCUAGGGUUGGAUACGGCGCAGAUCGUGCACUCUGUGUUGAGUGACGCGUGCGAUUCCGCCGGGGCCCUCUGGUGGAUGCUGAAACGACGGUCGGAGAAACAGACCACAACUCUGUUGGACGAACGACACGCCUCGGUUGGCACCCAGACUGAACCUCCGCGGGCCAAGACAAAUGGCUUCCCGCCCCAGUUGUCGUUUGUUCCUCCGACACCGACUGUCAUGUCGUCCAUGCGACCGAGUACGCCUCCGCAUGUCAUAUCCCCACGAGCCACAUCGCCUUCACCCAUGCUUUCGCCUGCGCCUUCGACGAUUCUGACGGGAGAGUCAUCCUCGCGGUCCCAUCCGUCAACGCCCGCCGGCAGUGUUAAAGACAAGGAAGGAAAAACUCGCAAGGGGCGGUCAGGAAGCGUCAGCAUCAUGCAACGGGCGACUACUGCCCUCGAGGCUGCUGGACUCGUCCGCAAAAAGUCGGCCGAAGUGAUCAAGGAGAAAGAGGAUAAACGGGAGAUGCCGGAGCGCAAGUCGAGUCUGGGCGAGAGCUCUCAUGCUAGCGUUGCGCCGUCGACAUCGUCAAAACUGACGAAGUCUCCGCCGCUCAGGCCGUCGAAGGACAAAGAGCCGUCGACACCGCCGCCGCAUAUCGACAUUCACCCGAUGGCCGGCUCGCCUUGGGUCUUGACAGGCUCACGCGAUUCGCUGCCACAACACGCUCCCACACCUGCCAAUUCUCCUGGCCCAGAUGUUCGUCCGUCAGUUUCUGCGCCAAACAUUGUCGAGAAUGGAUCGACGGGCAGCAAAGGGUCUCAUCGUCAUCGGGCGAAUCUGCUGACCACGUUCCGGCUCUGGUUCCAGGAUGAGCGCAAGGGCAAACGAAAACAGGGAUCGGCCGUCGCAUCGAGCACCGGACCACCGCUCUCUCGCAGCAGUUCGCAGGCUUAUCCGCCAUCUUCCAAGCGCGGGGGACGAUUCAAUUCGCGAGGACAUCGGCAGAGGCCAUCGGCAUCGUCUAGACGAUCAAGCAGUGUCAACUCACGCCGCUCCUCGAUCACGUCGGUCCAAAUGAUUGUGCUAGACUCGCCCCAAGUGACGGGUCGCCGCUCGCUAGGCAGUCACACCCCGAACUCGGAGCGAGGGGAAUUUAUCUCGUCCCGCCCGUCGUCCAUCCGCAGUUUCUCGAUGCAACGCCACCGCAAAUCGCCGUCUGCCAGCUCCGGCGAGUUCCGAACUGCAUCACCGAUCCAGAAGUACCAUCACCGGCACGGCAGUGGCUCAUCCACGCGAGUUGUCAGGCACAUCCAGACGACGACAACUUCGACGUCCCGCCCGCCGCAUAAGCGUUCCAACUCGGGGGCAUCAUCAACGCAUUCGCCGGCGUCGUCGCGGCCAGGCUCAUUCUACGAGCUGCCUCAGUUGCAGAGAUCGGCAUCGGACGUAGAGACUUUCAGGACUGGAUCACCGUUCAAGCCCAACUCAAGACCGCAUUCUCGGACACGUGGCUCAUCUGUCGAUGAGACGCGCAGGACUAUCAGUACGACGACGACCAGCACGACGUUCAUUGCGCAGAAACGAACGGGCGCCUUUGCAUCCGCGUCUGGGUCCAUCGGGCGCUCAAGUUGGAAGAAGUCGUGGGGUCUCGAGCCGCCCGGGUGGCAGUCGCGCACUGGCUCGGUGCCCGUUGAGGUGCUGGCCAUGUCGCCCAUCUCAGAUGGCACGACCAUCCGGGACGUGUUCUCCAACUCGACCAGGCAUGGUCUGGGGCUUGGUGGUCCGACGCUGGGCAUGUCGGCUGGAGAUGAGAGUGACUGGGUGGAUGAGGACGACGAUGAUAUUCCCAUGUUUGCUGGAGGUCUCGGCCAGGUUUCGUCUAAAUCGGGUUCUUCGUCGUACCCGGCGAUGGAAACAGUUUCGCUGUCCCCUGCACCCCGAAGUCACCGCGCCUCCGGCAAGCGUACUGGGGGCAGUACAACGACCACUGGCGCGGCCAAUAAUACUGGGUCGCGCCAGACUGGGAAGGGCCACUCGCCCAUGGUCAAUACGGCGCCGCUGCCGUCAGAGCCGCAUUACGAGUCAACGUCGCGGCGGCAGAUUCCGAACCACGGUGGACGGAAUGGCCCGGCUGCGAUUCAGGAGGAGGAUGAAGGCGAAGAGGAGGACGAGUGAUCUGCCGUGGCCGUGCCAUGUGCGGUGCGAUAUCGUGUGCUGUUUUGUGGUCUGUAUUUAUGCUACGAUCCCGCAAAGACGUUUUCCCUUCGCUUUCAGUCCGAGUACAUUACCAUUUUACCCAUCUUCUAUGUCAUACCAUCUUACUGUAGUAUAUCCUAUAAAUUUUCUGCGUGAGCGAGGUGUGGAGUGUGGGUGUGUUGAGCAAGUAAUACAGCAUGUAAUGUACAGUGCGCUCCUUAUGAGUAUCUGAUGUCCUAUAGGCUACUUGCUUUCCUGGCGCAGGUGGUCGGUUUACCUGUCUGCGAGGGUUGCGACGCACCAAACAUGGUGCCCAAACUGGCGCGUAGCGAAUCGUACACAGCUUGAUGCGGCGCAGGAUGGAUCGAGUUGAUUGUGUGGAUGUGGAUCAGGCCAGUGAGGGGGGAGAAUGUGUAGGUUGAGUUUCUGAAACGAAAGAGUGGGACCAAUGGUGAGUUCCCAUUCAGUCAGUCCCGGAGAGCACCACUCACACUUCCCAUUCUCCAGCGGCUCCACUGACGCGCGCAACCCCCGUAGCGGAGAGCCCGAUGGACAGGGUCUUCUCACGAGAGUGGCGUGUGGUCGACGGCGGCGGGGCGACGACGCUCACCUUGUUCAGCACGACCCUGAGAUCAGAGUACAGCGCGUGCAUCGUGUGGCGCACGAACACCGCUGACGCGAGGUACAUCGGCAUGCCUGUGGGCCCAUUAGAGAACAGCGUCUCAAAGCAAGAGUGACUGGAUAUAUGCCUUCGAUGGUGAGCGUUUUGGGCAACGGCGCAGGGAGUUCGACUGGCGGCGUGUACGACAGGCGGAUGUUGGAGCUGUAUAUGUUUGAGCUGGGAUCCUCCUUGUCGCGCUCUCCCGCGGCGGACGUCCCAGGGAGCCGUACUUGCACGAUGCGGGCCGGAAUGGGGCUCCCCGUCGCGUGGUCGAUCGACGUCACCAGUCCCGUCGUGAAGAAAUGUGGGAGUGUUUCUUGAAGAACGAAUAUCGCGCGUCCUGCGGAUGCUCUCUUUUGAGUCCACCGUUGCCAUGAAGUACCGCACACUAUACCGCACCUGUUCUCAGGUCCCAUUCCUGGUCAGAUAUCGGGGGCGGUUGAUUCGGGUCCGGCAACGAGUCGGGUGGUCGGUUGGAGCGCAGGCCGAGCGCGGCGACCGCCGAGUUGGCACGUGCACCAAGUAUACAGUAAUUUCCACCAGGAGAAGGAUUGCCUUUAUUCGGACGCAGACGACAAGCCGAGCGCAACAUUUGCUGCAGAGCUCAUAACCGCGUCCGGCAGAUGUGUUCGUGUGUGGCUUCGCUGCCUGAUCCGAUUACACAAGCGCAUCACCGACCGGAGCAAAUAGUGCGAGACAUCUGAGUACAAUUACAAGCGGAUGUGAUGCUAUGCAUGUAUCAACUAAAAAAUGCGCCAGCGACGCCAGCGAGGGUGCUGGCGACCGUAUUAGGAUCCAAGCCCGACACCAGCCCUGAUGCGAUGGUGCCUGGAUCCACACCCAGCGAGCUCGGGUCAAAACCAAUGCCGCCAGUGUUCAACGAACUUGGAUUGAAGCCCACGCCACCGGUGUUGAGAGAGUUCGGGUCGAAUCCUCCAGUAUUUCCAGUCGGGAAAAAGUUCUGCUGGGGUUGGCCGCCGAGAAUGUUCUGUUGCUGCUGCUGGCUGUAUGUGUGGUACAGCUGGCCCAGUCCAUGGAUCGCCGAAGUAGCCAUCGAUCCGCCUGACCCGGGAGAGGUGGGAGACGCAAGACCGCCCUGAUUCGCGGCGAAUCCCGCUGCAGUCCCACCGGCCGCUGCUGCGAAACCAAGGGGCGCAGAGGAGGAGUUCACGGGACGAAGUGUUUUACUGACUGUGGUCACAUCGCCAACCCAGUCAUUUGGUAUGUUCCACGAUGCGGAGCCGUCUCCGUACGCGACAUAGUACUGUCCAGCCGCAUGAGGAUUUAGCGCCACGAA